GAAUUAUGAUUUUUAAUUGGCUAAAAUUCCAUUUAAAAACCGCAAAUUAUUAAACAAACAUAAACAUACCAGGAAGACAAUGAAGAUGGAUACGAAUAUGAAUAAAUAUGACAAUUUUGGAGUUCCUCGCCUUGUAAUUUGCUAAAGUCUGUUCUGUUUUUAUCCCAAAACAGAAAACGGAUACCCAGCAGCGCCUUGAACGUGCACAAACUUUACCGCAUAACACCGAGUAAACGUCCGCUACAAGUUAAAGCACAGUAUAGGACACUCCCAAUUUUAAGCACUUACUGAACCGCAGUUAUUUACUAAAAAAUACACUUUAAUGCUUGUUUCUUCAGAUUUUAGACCAGAUGGUCAUGUAAAAAAACUUAAGUAAUGAAAAAGGAAUCCGCAAAAAACGUACAAGUUAUUCGACCCGCAUGUACUUAUCAUCAUAAAUGUUUUUGAUAAGUUAUUUUCCCAGCGAAUCCAUAUUAUUAUAAUUAUUUGUCACUUCCACUGGUGCGUGUUUAAUCUAGCCUUUUAAACCGCGUUAAUCUCCCACAAACAUCUAUAAAAGUAUACUCGUAUAAAAGCCGCUGAUGGUGGAAUGGUUUAUUCCAUGUUGUUCUCACUGAGCAGGCGCAGUGUUGCCAGAUUGGGCAGUUUUAAAGAAAAUGACAUUGGUGGGUUGGCAAAAUGCGGGCGGUUUAAAACGUAAAUGUUAUAUGCAACUUAUUUAACUAAACAUAAUUCUGUGCUCCUACUUCAUUCAGUGACCAGUGCAUAGCGCAAACUGCGUGGGCUCACCCGCAAGCGGGGCUGAAGGGAAUUAACGUUAGUUGUAUCAAAAUCUGACUCCCUGGACAAAUCUGACUUCCCUGCGCGUGCACACCCAUAGCACAGCGCCCUGCAGUGACAGAGGUUUAUCACUGUGACACCUGUAUCAUUUUUCACUGAUUUUUUCCCCCGCAACUGACAGCAGGAACCAACAUAGAAGCAUUGUCAGAUUGACAAACAGCACCUAAUUAUGUUCAAAAGAAUUUAAAACAGCAAAUGGCACAAGUUUAUACCCCAUUUCGAAAGAGUAAGAGGGGGCAGUGUUUCGUUGUGAUCCGGUUAUCUUGUAGUUUUGUGACAGUUCAAGUAGUUUAAUUUAGAGUUUAAUAAUUUAAUAUUUUGGGUGGGUUUUGGGAAGAAAAAAGUUAGCUAUAUCUGGCAACACUGAGAGAUAGGAGCCAUUUCCCCAACAAACUGCGUCACGUAACAUUAGCUAUUGCAUAAAAUAGUCGCUGAAGAUUAGACGAACCAGUGGUGCUCAUGACAACACAAUGAGUCACAAACAAACGUUGAAAUAUUUUUCUCCAGUAUGCAGUUCAGUCCAGCAGGAGAGAUCAGAUUCAGCAGAGCCCAGCAGUGUGUCCGUUAAGAGUCACUGGUCUAUAGAUCCUCCACCACAAAUGACAGAAAGAAGGGACAGUCUCAGCUUAGCUCUGCAGGAAAGAUCAGAUUCACCAGAGCCCAGUCAUGUGUCCAUGAAGAGUGACUGGUCUAUAGAUCCUCCACCACAAAUGAAAGAGGAAAAUAGGAGUUUGGUUCAGCAAGAGAGAUCACCAAAAUCCAGCUGUGUGUCUAUGAAGAGAGACUGGUCUAUAGAUCCUCCACCACAAAUGAAUGAUGAAGACGGACAAAAACGUCUGAGUUUGGUUCAGCAGGAGAGAUCAGAUUCAGCUGAGCCCAGUCUUGUGUCCAUGAAGAGUGACUGGUCUAUAGAUCCUCCACCACAAAUGAAGGAUGGAGACAGACAAAAGAGUCUCAGUUUGGUUCAGCAGGAGAGAUCAGAUUCACCAGAGCCCAGUCAUGUGACCAUGAAGAGUAACUGGUCUAUUGAUCCUCCACCACAAAUGACAGACAGAAGGGACAGUCUCAGGCAAAUCCCGCGACCCAGACCUGGUGCAGAAGAACCCAUCAGUAAGAAAAUGAAAUAUGACGAGUCUGUGAUUAAAUCACAAGAAUGUAUGGAAAACCCAUCUCUCAUCUUCAGCCAUGAAGUCAACACGUUCAGAGUAAAUCUACUAAAGAAGUUUCAGUGUCUGUAUGAGGGAAUGGUGACGCAAGAUAACCCAGCACUCCUGAAUGAGAUCUACACAGAGCUCUACAUCACAGAGAGUGAGAGUGGAGAGAUCAGUAAUGAGCAUGAGGUGAGACAGAUUGAGACACAAUCCAGGAGAUCAACAACAGAGGACACAGCGAUCAAAUGCAGAGACAUCUUUACACCUUUACCUGGACAAGACAAAGCCAUCAGAACUGUGCUGACGAAGGGAGUCGCUGGCAUUGGAAAAACAGUCUCUGUGCAGAAGUUCAUCCUGGACUGGGCUGAAGAGAAGGAGAAUCAGGACGUCCAGCUCAUAUUUCCACUUCCUUUCAGAGAGAUCAAUCUGAUGAAGGACAAAACACUCAGUCUGUCAGAUCUUCUGCAGCUCUUUUUCCCUGAAACAAAAGAAAUUGACAUUUUUAGUGACAAAUAUAAAAUAUUGUUCAUCUUUGAUGGUCUGGACGAGUGUCGUCUUCUCUUAAAUUUUAAAAGCAAUGAGAUUCUACAACAUGUGACCAAAACAUCAUCAGUGGACGUGCUGCUGACGAACCUGAUUGUGGGGAAUCUGCUUCCCUCUGCCCUCAUCUGGAUCACCUCCAGACCAGCAGCAGCAGAUCUCGUCCCCUCUGAGUGUGUCCAUCGAGUGACAGAGGUACGAGGCUUCAACGACCCUCAGAAGGAGGAAUACUUCAGCAAGAGAAUCAGUGAUCAGAGUCUGGCCAAUACAAUCAUCUCACACCUGAAGUCCUCCAGGAGCCUCUACAUCAUGUGCCACAUCCCAGUGUUCUGCUGGAUCUCAGCCACUGUUCUAGAGAAGAUGUUGAGUGAAGCAGAGACUGCAGAGAUUCCCAAGACUCUCACUCAGAUGUACACACACUUCCUGAUGGCACAGAUCAACACCAAAGACAUGAAGUAUACUGGAAAAAAAGACAAAGACAUGAUCUUCAAACUGGGGAAACUGGCGUAUGAGCAGCUGGAAAGAGGCAAUGUGAUCUUCUAUGAAGAAGACCUGAGAGAGUGUGGCAUUGAUGUGGCAGAAGCUUCAGUUUACUCAGGAUUGUGCACUCAGAUCUUCAGAGAGGAGUUUGGCUUGUAUCAGGGGAAAGUCUUCAGCUUUAUUCAUCUGAGUGUUCAGGAACAUCUAGCAGCUCUAUAUGUGCACCUCUUAUUCACAAACCACAACAGAAAUGUGUUUGAGCAAAUGACCAAAAAGACUUCCAAAACUUUAGAUAUUUUGGAUUGCUUUCACAGUAAUUCACCAGAAAAUGUUUUAUUAUCUGAGCUGCAUCAGAAAGCUGUGGAUGAGGCUCUACAGAGUAAAAAUGGACACCUGGAUCUUUUCCUGCGGUUUCUUCUGGGUCUGUCAUUGGAGUCUAAUCAGAUUCUCCUACAGGAACUAAUGAUAAAAUUCAGAAGCAGCUCAGACAGCAGUGAAAAAACAGUUGAGUACAUCAAGAAAAGGAUCAAUAACAUUUGCCUUCCAGAGAAAUCCAUCAAUCUGUUUUACUGUCUGAAUGAACUGGGGGAUCAUUCACUAGUGAAAGAAAUACAACAGUACAUGGAUUAUGGAACACUGGCUGAAACCAAAAUCUCAUGUGGUCAGUGGUCAGCUUUAGUGUUCAUUUUAUUGACAGUAGAGCAAGCAAUGGAUGUGUUUGAGUUGAAUAAAUUUAUUGGAUUGAAAAAAUCCUCUGAUGAGGUUCUUCGGAAACUCCUGCCAGUGAUUAAAAAAUCCAGAUCAGCAAUCAUGGACGACUGCAACAUCACGGCUGAAGGUUGUGCUUAUUUGGCUUCAGCUCUUGGAUCAAACCCCUCAUAUCUAAGAGAACUGGAUCUGUCUGCAAAUAAACUACAAGAUUCAGGAAUAAAAAAAUUAUCUAAAGGACUUCAGGAUUCUCAUUGUAAACUGGAGAAACUGAAUCUUUACCAUUGUGGUGUCACAAAUGAAGGUUGUGCUGCUCUGGCAUCAGCACUGAAAUCAAACCCUGAACAUCUGAGAGAUCUGAAUCUGAGUGAAAAUAAAAUCGGAAAUUUGGGACUCACGUGCCUUUCUGAAAUACUGAAAAAUUCUCUCUGUAAACUGGAGAUAUUGAGGUUGUGUCAGUGUGGAAUCACAGAUUGCACAGAUUUGGCUUCAGCUCUGAUAUCAAACCCAGAACACCUGAGAGAGCUGGAAUUGUCUCUGAAUAAAAUAGGAGACUCUGGAGUGACUGCUCUCUGUGCUGCAUUUGAAGAUCCCCGCUUCAAGUUGGAGAAACUGGGGUUGAGUGGUUGUGGUCUCACAGAUGAAGGUUGUGCUGCUCUGACGUCAGCUCUCAGAUCAAACCAUGAACACCUGAGAGAUCUAGAUCUGAGUGGGAAUAAAGUAGACAAAGAAGUCAAAGGUUCAAUUCUACAGCGCAUUUUGGAAAAACUGAAUAAUAUUCAGAUUCUCAGUGUUUAAUUCAGGAUCUGUAGACGAUGUAUAAGGAGAAACAUCAUAGACACACAAUCAACACACAUUGAAGAUGAAGACAUUGAUCACAGUCAUGUGUGACUUGCUGUGAAUGUUUUAGAAUUUAGGGGAAGAGUAGUUUUAAGGUCGCAAACCUAACAACCAUUCCAGUGUUUUUUUUUGUCUUUAUAUUUUCAAAUCAUAUACAAUGAUGUAAAUAUGAAUGUCAUUCCCCUGAAACACUUUUCUUUAGCAAAAUGUUGAAAAAUGGCAGCUAAUGAUUUCUCUCUCACACACACACGCACGCACACACACACAAGCACGCACGCACGCACACGCACGCACACACGCACACACACACACACACACACACACACACACACACACACACACAAAUACAUAUAUAUCUAGACUUUACUAGAACUGUGUUUAGAUGCUUUGACACAUUCCACAUUGUGAGAAGCUCUUUAUAAAUAAACAUGAAUUGAAUUAUAUAUAUAUUAUAUAUAUAUAUAUAUAUAUAUAUAUAUAUAUAUAUAUAUAUAUAUAUAUAUAUAUAUAUAUAUAUACAGUGAUAUAUGCAUAAAUAUGACUUUUACAUGAUAAAACACUUGAUUAAUAUUGUG